GCAGUGCCAUCCGAUUGGCGUCCAGACACGGGACCAAACGAUAUCUCUCCUCUUAAACGAAAACGAAAACUUUCGAUUUACAAAUUCGAAGAUAACAGUCCGAGAAAAAGAGAAAUAAAAGGAGGGAGAGAGAGAGAGAGAGAGAGAGAAAUUGCGCGUGUAUAGUGUGAAUUAACGUGUCACUUGGCGUCAGGGUUGCGUUACAUUGCGUCGCGCGUUGUGUCGCGUCGCGUCGCGUAGGAUCGCCUAGCCUCGUGUCGGAAUUGGCCAUUACGUUUGGCAUCAAAACCAACGUUCGCUUUCCAACGUUCAUCUCUUUAACGUUUCGACUCAAACGAAAAAGAACAGAUACGAUCAUCCUUCUGUCACCCUUACAUCGUCAUAACGUUCGUCAUUUCCCUAAAACAACGAACGCUAGCUACUGGAAGACCAGAAGAAGAGAAUCUCGUCGGGAUUUAGGUGAGAAGACAUCGGGAGAAAAUUCUCUCGGUGGAAAUCGUCGAAUUCGCUUAAGCGAUAAAGACGGCGAUCAGAUACCACCGAGUAUUCACCAAUGAGCGUGGCGUGCAGCCUUUACGGCAGAAGACAAAACCGUGGUACACGUACGGGAAAGCGACAGUGCAUCAUCGUAGCUGCCUGCAGGACCCCCCAAAGAAAGUCCUUCGUUGUAAUUUCCUCACCACCGAAACUGACGAGGACACUUUGCGAUUUGAACAAGUCUCGUUUGACCACGAACGAUCAUCAUGGGACUCGAUUUCUUGGCAGACGGAGGUGCCGACUUCGAGCAUGCAAUCACCGUAACAGGAUUUGGAAAGUUUCACUACAUGUUACUUGCAAUAUGCGGGCUAAUUUACAUGGAUACGGCCAUCGGCGUUACAAUACUCUCUUUCGUUUUACCUGCCGCACAGUGCGACCUGGAAAUGGAUUCCACUGCAAAAGGAUGGCUAACGGCAUCUCCAAUGUUGGGUAUGGUGGUUGGAUCAUAUAUAUGGGGAUGCCUGGCUGAUACCAAAGGUAGAAAAGUAGUAUUGAUAGCUACCUUGUUAAUGGACGGAAUAGUCGGCGUCAUUUCGUCGUUCGUCCAAUACUAUUGGGUCUUUCUAGUCUUCCGAUUUUUUAAUGGAUUCGCGGUGACCGGCGCGAUGGGAAUUUGUUUCCCAUAUUUAGGCGAAUUUCAGCCGACCAAAUAUCGCGAAAGGUGCCUAUGUUGGAUGGAAAUGUUCUGGACGGUCGGUGUAAUAUUAUUACCUCUAAUUGCUUGGUUAAUCGUACCGUUGGAUCUUUGGUACGAAUCGGAAGUGUUUCACUUCAAAUCUUGGAAUCUCUUUGUGGCACUUUGUGCCUUACCUUCGAUCGUCCUCGGGCUUUGGCUCUUCGCUUUUCCAGAGAGUCCAAAGUUCUUGCUUGAGUGCGGUGAAGCCGACGCUGCCUUAGAAGUCUUUAAGUGGAUCUAUGCUCAAAAUACUGGUCAAGAUCCUGAAACAUAUCCAGUUAAAUGCUUGCAAGAAAAGACGAACAAUAAGGACAAGAGCACGAGGUCAUUGAAACUUCAUAAGAAGAAAGAUCUGAAAGUUCUUUUUUCGGAGGUUUGGGAAUUAACGAUGUCUCUUUACAAACCUCCUUAUCUUCGUAAUACGUUACUCGCUUGUGCCAUUCAAUUCGGGCUUACUAGCAGUUAUUACACUCUUAUGGUCUGGUUCCCUGAAUUAUUUACUAGAUUCGAAGAAUUCGAGAAUGAUAAUCCUGGUAAGACCACGUCCGUUUGUAUAGUGUCAGCCCUCUCCGACAAUGCAACCAAUUUGGAUCCUUAUGGAUGCGAAACAACCAUCGGCGUAAACGUUUAUCUGCAUACCGUUUAUAUCGGUCUCGCCUGCAUACCCGGUUCCAUCAUAUUACCCAUUUUUGUACACAAAUUGGGAGCAAAGUUUUUCCUAAUCUUAUCGCUGCUAGUCUCCGGUGCAGUAACCGUAGGUUUUUAUUUCGUCGUAAACUCCACUCAGAAUCUAGUACUAUCGUGCAUCUUUGAAGCUUUAACGUCGCUCGGCAUCUCUUUAGUUUAUUGCAUAAUCGUUGACAUGUUCCCGACGAAUCUCAGGGUAAUGGCAGCAGCCUUAUCUCUAACGAUGGGUCGAUUAGGCGCUUUGGUUGGAAACUUAAUAUUCGGUUAUUUAAUUGAUUUAGCUUGCGUCGUUCCUAUAGUGAUAUUCGCUGCAUUCUUGUUUCUAUGCGGCUUUUUGUCAUUUGUACUUCCACGAACGGGAAAAGAAACUCUCGAUUAAACAAUGAGAGAACUUAAUUGUACGAGGAAACGUGACCUCGUGUCAUUUUAAGGAAGUAAACACCCACACAGAUGCAACGAAUUGGAUUGGUCAAAAUGAAGGAAGAAAAAGUAUUUAUAUUCGCAUUAUUACAUGUAUAUUGUAACGACUGUAUAUGUAUGUAUACAUAUAUACGCAAGGCACUUGGAAUUAUACACGGAACUUAAUAUGUAUACACAAAGCGCGCGCGCGCACACACACAUACACACACACACACACACACACACACACACACACACGUGUAGCAAUGAGAAAUGUCCAUUGACAAUUGUAAUUCCGUUCUUAUGUUUCGUAUUACAAUAAGUCACGUAUUCAUUUCACUUCGCUCGAUUCUUCCUGAUAUGCAUUAAAAAGACGAUAUCAGUAACAGGAUAAUGACAGUCAGAUAUAAGACAUUGGUUGAUUCGUCUUCUGUACCAAAAAAAAAGAAAAAAACAAAUUUUAUCAUCGAUCAUGACGUACAUGUAUAUUUAUUCAUAAUUUCAUGAAAAAGUAAGUCGUUUUUAUCCCGUUCUAUUAAUUAUUAUUCAUUCAAAUUAUAAUAACGUACAAAUGCAUAUAUUUAUAUAUAUAUAUAUAUAUAUAUAUAUAUAUAAAACACACACACACACACACACACACACAUAUAUAUAUAUUAUGCGUAUUUAUUAUACUACUAUCAUUAUGUGAGAGUCGACGAGUAAGAUCGAUACUACCUGUAGAGAUACAAUCGUGGUACAAAAUUCUGUGACUUUUCGAUAAAGAUCCCAUGUUUCGUCCAAUUGGUA